GGAGAAUGUCACUGCAGGAGUAGCUGUGUCCUGUGUGUGACUGACUGCGAGCGCCUAAGGGACUCUGGCCAGGCUGCUGCACUCGGGGCGUCGCCGGGGAAGAGUUUAAGGGAGCUGGAGAUGCCCCGCACCAAGAUGGCAGCUGGGGGAGGCCGCUUGUCUCGGGCUGCACAGCCAAGAACCGCGGAGGGGAAGAAGGCAGGGGAGGGCGGGAGGCCAUUCGCAGGUCACUCGGGUUAGAUCCGCGCGAGGCACUAGGCGACCAGCCACCCAGCCCCGCGACCAACUAGCGCCGCCUCUCGCCGCCCAGCCCGGGGCACCGGCGGUGGGCGGGGCCAGCAGCGCAAACUGCCUGCAGCGGGGACCGGACCUGCACAGGCCGCCUAUGGCGGGCGGCGGGUGGGACCGCGAGUUACAGCCGGCCAACUGGGGCCAGCCAGGAGCCUGAGGGUCGGAAGCCCCCAACACAAGAUGCUGAGCUCCUUCCUGAGCCCCCAGAAUGGCACCUGGGCAGACACCUUCUCUCUGCUCUUGGCUCUUGCCGUUGCCCUCUACUUGGGCUACUACUGGGCACGUGUGCUUCAGUGACAUCCUCCAAACACCAGAUGGAGGCCAGCUCCUGCUAGACUGGGCCAAGCAGCCUGACAGCAGCCAAGACCCUGAUCCUACUACCCAGCCCAUUGUGCUGCUGCUUCCUGGCAUCACUGGCAGUAGCCAGGAGACAUACGUCUUGCACCUAGUUAACCAAGCUCUGAGGGAUGGCUACCAGGCUGUCGUGUUUAACAACCGGGGCUGCCGUGGGGAGGAACUGCGGACCCACAGGGCUUUUUGUGCCAGCAAUACUGAAGAUCUAGAGACAGUCGUGAACCACAUAAAGCAUCGUUAUCCCCAAGCUCCACUGCUGGCCGUGGGCAUCUCUUUUGGAGGGAUACUGGUGCUGAAUCACCUGGCACAGGCCGGGCAGGCUGCAGGGCUGGUGGCAGCACUGACUCUGUCUGCAUGCUGGGAUUCCUUUGAGACCACUCGCUCCCUGGAAACCCCACUCAACUCACUGCUCUUCAAUCAGCCCCUCACUGCUAGGCUCUGCCAACUUGUGGAACGAAACAGAAAGGUGAUUGAAAAGGUGGUGGACAUAGACUUUGUACUACAGGCCCGUACAAUCCGCCAGUUUGAUGAGCGCUACACAUCUGUGGCCUUUGGAUAUCAAGACUGUGUUACCUACUACAAAGCAGCAAGCCCUAGAACCAAGAUAGAUGCCAUCCGGAUCCCUGUGCUCUGUCUCAAUGCAGCAGAUGACCCCUUCUCCCCCGUCUGUGCCCUUCCCAUACAGGCCGCCCAACACUCCCCCUACGUUGCGCUGCUCAUCACAGCCCGGGGUGGCCACAUCGGCUUCCUGGAAGGGCUGCUCCCGUGGCAGCACUGCUACAUGAGCCGCCUCUUGCAUCAGUACGCCAAAGCCAUCUUCCAGGACCCAGAGGGGCUGCCUGACCUCAGGGCUCUCUUACCUUCUGACGACAGAAACAGCUGACAAGAGUACCAUUUGGGGUCUCAGUUCACUCUUUCCUUGUUUAUUAAAUAUCAACUUUUCCUGCCUAA